UUGCCAAAUAUAGAUGACAAUUUUAGCUGCACAUUUCAUCUAUCCUUGAAUGUCAUACAAUUGUCGUUUGCAGAAACCGUCAAUGGUGUGGAACAGUUCACCCAUAGUAAAAUUCAGGGUUAUGGAUCUAUGAAAAUGCUCAGAAUAUUACAAUAAUGGGUGUUGAUAUACAAACUUAUCGUGGAAGAAUUGGUGGCUUCAGCCGAAACUUUGGUACAGAUGUAAUAACUGUUCAAUAUAUAGUCAACUUUACCCGAGGAUUAAAGACUAUAGGGACAGUUGUAUUCAUAGGUAUUUUGUUGCUCUUGGCUGGUAUUGAGCAAAAUCCGGGGCCGAUUUCAGAGUCAACAUCUAAUCGGACGCCCGCAAAUGCUACAAUUCUUAAAGUGUGCGGCUUGCCAAAAAGCAUUGGGGCAGAUUCUUUGAUAGGUAUUUUUGAAAAUACAAGGCGACAAGGCGGUGGAAAUGUUUUAAGAGUGGAUAUCGAUAAGAAUGACUCAUCUGCUCUUGUUGAGUUUGAGGAGGCGGAAGCUUUACAAUUGGUGCUGGGGAAAAGACCAAUUCGGAUAGAUGAUAAAGAUGUAUCUGUUGAAAUAUACAGUUCAAUGGAUGAAAGUAAUAGCUCACAAAAAGGCGGUGCUGAUGAAGUCUUCGCAGACAAACCAAGCGAUGAACAAUUAGGUUCCGAUUCUGAACAUGUAAAUAUAUCAGGCGCCGGUAUGUGUUUUUUUUUAAAUCAUUCAUGGCUUUCCAUUUUUACUUCAUAAGCAUUACAUUUUACUAUCUCGAUUACCUUGCUGAACAUAAUGCAACAUCAUUGACAAAUAAACUAGGUGUUACCUGUUCUUUCAGCAUUCAGCAAUAACUGUUUUUUUUUAGUGAACGUUCCUACAUUUAUAUGAAAUUGUCACAUAUUCAAGUAUUAUAUAAAGUAUUAAACGUCAUUUUGCUAAAGAAACAUUCAUUUCAG